UCCGGACGGUAUAUAAAUGAUGGCCGUGACUUUGAAAGCGUUAAAGCAUCGCAGACUCAAGAAUAGUGCGAAGGUACAUCGAAUAUAUCGCAUAAAUUUGAAAAAAAAAAAAAAUCACCUCGCGCCUGAUCUGCAUAUCAGGACCAUGAAGAUUUUCAUAUUCGCUGCCUUUUUCGCGGUGGCUUCGGCCGGCUAUUACGGCGGAGACGAACACGGACACGGACACGGGGGUACGACCUACCACGAAACAUCGAAACCCGUGGAGGUGCCGAUUUACAAAAAAUACGCCAUCCCGAUACCACAUCCGGUUCCGGUUGCCGUUCCUCAACAAAUCAAAGUGCCCAUCCCACAGCCCUAUCAAGUACAAGUUCCCGUUCCCCACCCCGUUCCGGUCGAGGUCGUCAAGCACGUUGAAAUCCCCGUUGAAAAACCCGAGCCCUAUAUCGUGGAAAAGAAGGUUCCGUACGUGGUCGAAAGACCUUAUCCCGUUACGGUGGAAAAACACUUCCCGGUGCCGAUCCCGAAACCGUACGCGGUGCACGUUCCGGUCUACAAACACGUCUUCCAUCACCAGAGUAAAGGACACGGAGGCUGGAAGCACUGAUUUUUUUAUUUUGAGAUCAGAAUUCAACGAUCGAUGCUAAUUGCCAAAAAUAUCUAUCGUGGUGUUUCCGAUCCUCGCAUUAUUAAUGUACAUGUAUAAGGCCGAUAUCCUUGUAAAUAGUUUUUGUUGCCGCUUUGUUAUUUUUGUUAUAUCAUCCAUGUCGAAUCUAUAAUAAAUCAUUUUUCUACAA